AACCUAACCUUAUCCGAAAUGUGAUAGUGCUUAUUUUUUGAUUAUACAAUAUGUUUUCGAUUAGUUAUAAAUUAUAAUUGUUUAAUUAUUUGGUAGGAAGUAUUUAUGGUUUACUAUAAGAAAAAAGGCAGUGAAAAUCGUGAAGUGAGAAUUAAUUUCUAUUCGGAUCAUCACGUAAUUUUGAGGUUAUAAUACAUUUCAGUCCAAAAGCAAUAAGCAGAGAGGAAAAAAAUGACGGCAAUAUUAGGUGGUGGUCUCUCAGGAUUGAGUGCAGCUUAUUAUGCCCUUGAAAAUCCAAAAUUAGGAUCCGUCGUCUUAUACGAGGCCACAAACAGAUUGGGAGGUUGGGUAUGGACGAAAAAAUCCCCCAACGGAGGAAUCUUUGAACAGGGACCAAGAACAAUUCGACCACACGGCGAUCCGGGAAAGAAUACAUUAAAAUUAGUAGACGCCUUAAAAUUGGAUCAUAAAAUUUUAUCAAUACCAGUAAAUCAUCCAGCAGCAAUAAACAGAUUAAUCUACAUCGAUAAAAAAUUACACGUCCUACCAAUUUCACUGAAACCUCUAUUCAGAACAUGUCCACCAUUCAAACGUCCUCUAUUAAAAGCCAUUUGGAAUGAACUAAACACACCGUCAAUUACCCUAAUAGACGAAAGUGUCUACGAUUUUAUAGAACGACGACUCGGUAAAGAUAUAGCCGACAAUGUUAUUAGUCCGAUAAUCUGUGGAAUAUGUGCCGGCGAUGCAAAACAAAUAAGCGUUAAUUUCCUGAUGCCAAAAUUAUUCCAGAUAGAGCAAAUGCAUGGUUCGAUAUUUAAAGGAUUACUGAAGGAGAGAAUGAUAAAUAGUGGGAGGAAAACGAAGAUGACACCAAAUAAGAUGGCUCUGAAACAUCCACUCGAUAUGGAUUCAGUGGAUCGUGCAGUGAAAGAAAAAUGGGCUAUUUGGACACUUGAAGGUGGAUUGGAGCAGUUGCCUCAAAAAUUAGCUGAUGAUUUAUAUUCCAGAGAUGUUAACAUUCAUAUGGAAAGUGAAUGUCAAGAAUUAACGUUCCAUUCGGAUUGUGUUGAAUUAAAAUCGGGGGGUGAGACGAAAAAAUUCGAACGUAUCAUUUCGAGUUUACCGGCUAAAAAUUUAGCAGCAUUGGUUAAAAAACAACAUCCUGAUUUGGCAUCCGAGUUGGAGGGAAUACCAACGGUCACUGUUGGUAUUGUUAAUCUGGAAUUUCCUCGAGAAGUUGUAGUUGGAGAUGCUUUUGGAUUUCUUGUACCACCUCAAGAGGGACUACCAAUUUUGGGAACUAUUUUCGAUUCCUGCGUGUCUCCACAAGAAAAUACGGUCUUUACUGUAAUGUUGGGUGGAGCAUGGUUCGAAGAAUAUUUCGGAACAAAUCCAAGUGAGGAGCAUUUAUUGAAAGUUGCGCUGGAGCAAUUGAGAACGAUAUUAAAUAUUGUUGUACCUCCGAUUGGAAGUAACGUGUCGAUUCUGAGGAAUUGUAUUCCACAAUAUAUCGUCGGCCAUGAGGUGAGGAUGAAUCGUAUUAAAAAUUACAUUGAAGAACAUAAAAUACCUUUAGGAUUGUGUGGCUCUUCCUAUGAGGGUGUUGGAGUAAACGAUGUUAUUUUGUCAGCAAAAAAUGCCGUGUCCAAUAUUAACUAGUUGUCUGUGUUAUUUUUUCAUAAGAACUAAUACUAAUUCUUCGAUUAUAAAAAAAUUGUACAGAAGCAUUUUUACUAAUAAAUCUACUUUAAGUUCAA